GCAGUCUCGUCGUUAUGAAGAUUCGAUGAAAUAUCCGUUUAGCAAGGUUUUGCCACACCAACUGUCAACGGUCAACAACAUUUCCAUCGACACCAUGGCGACCACAACGCUGCAAUGGGAAGUGCUUGCGACUGCCAAGGAGGCUGCGCGUCUUGCGGGAAAGCACAUGCGAGCGCAUUUGGGUUCUGUCAGUGCCACCGCGGCGUCCAAGAGCAACAAGGACGACCUGGUCACAGUUGUGGACAAGCAAUGCCAAGAGAUCAUCGCGGCGCAGAUCGCUGCCAAGCACCCAACGCAUCGAAUGCUGGGGGAAGAAGAUGUAGAUGCCGGCAGCGACGCAUCCAAAGCCGCCAUUCGUUCUAUGGACGGCACGCAGUGGCUGUGGGUCGUCGACCCCAUUGACGGCACGACGAACUUCGUGCACGGGCGACCCGCGAGCGUUGUAUCGAUCGCGGUUGCGCUGGACGGCGUCGUGGUGGUGGGCGUGAUCUACGACCCGUACCGCGACGAGCUGUUUAGUGCGCUGCGGGGCCACGGGACGCACUUGAACGACGUCGCGGUGCACGUGAGCAAGAAGGAGCUGACCUUCUCGCAAGCGCUGGUCGGGUUUGGGAUUGGCACCAAGCCCAGCGUUCGCCUUCCCAUGCUGGACGUGAUUGCUCUGUUCUCUAGCACAUGUCGGGGCCUUCGUUUGCAGGGCGCCGCCGCCUUGGAACUAGCGUGGGUCAGCUGCGGCCGCCAGACGGGGUUUUACGAACUGGAUUUGAACUCGUGGGAUGUGGCGGCGGGUGCGCUGCUGGUGUCAGAGGCUGGCGGGCAAGUGUCGGACUCGGUCGGGUCGCUCUUCACCCUCCACACCCGCCACAUUGUCGUGUCGAAUGGCCAAGGAACGAUUCACCAAGAUCUCCUGAAAUGCAUUGCCGAUGCCAACGCCACCCACCCCCGUUAAGAACUCGGUCCAUGAACCAAUGCCAAUCUUGAUCGUUUUGUCUGUGCUUUCGACAUCCCCUUCAGUACCUAUGAAAACGAUCUGAUCAAAACUGGAACAGAUGUGCCUUGAAAACUACCCAGCGUCCUCAUUGGUCUAAAUCUAUCGCUGGAAUGUAUUCAUUCAUUGGACGACGAACGGAUUUAACGCAUGGUGAUUGGGUAAUUAUGUCAAAUUAUAG